CCGUUUUCAAAAUAAAUGUACUAUCACGAUUUAAGAUAUAAGUAAAUACUAAAUAAGUUAAAGCAAGUAACAACUUACAGUUAUUAUAGUCUAUAUGUAAAAUUAGGCUGAUUCGGGAUUUCAAAACUCGAGAGUCGAAAAUUAGUCAAUAAAUUUCUCACACUUGAUACGUUUACGAGCUAUGUACCUAUCAAUUAAAUAAUCGUUUAUGAAUUAUUACAACCCCAAAACAUUUAAUAUGACCAGUGAUUUUCCUAUUGAUUCUAAUCAAUUAUUUGAAAAUGUGCAAUCAGCUAGUAAUAAUAACAAUAAAAGCCUUAAAGGAUUGUUUUUAGUGGGAUUAACUGGUGGUAUUUCUAUUGCACUAAGCAUAAUUUGUUAUCCGUUCAUAUCACCAGCUUUACGGAAAGUAUGUUUACCAUAUGUUCCAGCAACCAACUUGCAAAUCCAAAAUGUUUUGCAUGUAAUCAAAGGACGAAAAGGAAAAUUAAUAGACUUAGGCAGUGGUGAUGGAAGAAUAGUUAUGAAUACAGCAAAAGCAGGAUUUGAAUCAGUUGGUGUAGAGUUAAAUUUUUGGUUAGUGCUAUAUUCACGUUUGGUUGCCAUGAAAUCUAAAAUUCAGCCUUCUCCAAAAUUUAUUCAAACAGAUUUGUGGAAGUAUCACUUAGGACCUUUCACAAAUGUUGUAAUAUUUGGUGUUGAAGAAAUGAUGUUGGAUCUGGAAAAAAAGUUUGCUGCGGAGUUAUCUGAAGGAACAGUAAUAGUUGCUUGUCGUUUUCCUCUCCCAAAUUUAGAACCUUAUUUAGUCAUUGGUACUGGCAUUGACAGAGUUUGGGCUUAUAGAAUAUCUAAGAGCAAACCAUAAUCCAUCAGAAUAUGUUUGUAUAGGUAAUCUUAUUAUUUAUUUUAGUAUAUUAUUAUAUAGCUGAUAAACUGAUAUGAAUUUUUCGAUGUAUAGUUAAAUAACAAAUAAAAUUAAUGAUUUUUAAACAUAAUUAAAACAAAAAUUGUUAUUGCAUUUUAAAUUACAUUUUUAAAAUGGGCGAAUUAAUAAAACUAUGAACUAACAACAAUAUUAUUGUUUCAAAAAAUUGAAGUGGACUAAUUUUUUAAUUUGAUAAUAUUUAAUUUUAUGAUAUUUCUAAUACUUAAUAUUUAAUAAUCGUAAAGUGUAGGCGUUGGGUUGCUUCUUUUAUCAUGCAAUUCAUGUCAUACUUAAAAAUUUAGCUCAUAUUCUUAUUGUAAAAAAUUAAUUUACAGAUUGUAUAUAUUCUAAUUAAAAAAUAAAAUAAUAAAAAAAAAAUAUUUAAUAAUUGAAAUAAUGGGGAUUACAUUUUAAGGUUGGAUAACUCAGAAUAUGUAUUAAAAAUAUCUCUAAUAUUUUAUAGUAUAGAGGUUUCCAAACUUUUUUCCCCAAAGAUCACUUACUAUUUUUUUCAAUUUUUAUAGACCCCAAAUAUUUAAUUUUUACUAAUGAAUGUAUUAAUGUUUUUUAUAACUUAGUCGGAGUUCAUUUAAAUAGGGUUUGCCAUGGAGUGACCUUUUUAUAAUAAUGACAAUAUUUAUUUUAAUUUUUUAACUACUUAAAAGACAAGAAAUGCAAAUUAAAUCUAAUAACAUAAAAAAAAAUUAUAAAUUUAAUGGAAGGUAUGAGUCUGAUGCUUUAAUAUUAAAUGUUAUUUAUCGCUAUUGCAUUGUUGCACACAAUAUAUUUUUCGUAAUAAUUACAA